ACAUGUUUACAGAUGACCUCAAGAAGGAGAAGGAUGAAAUCAUGGAGGAGAAGGCUGUGAAGUGUCCUGCUGUAUAGCACACAUUGGAUUGAAACCCGACCAAGGAGUCCCAGAGAGAGACUACAUCUUCUAGUGUUCAUGUUAAUGAUGUUCUCACUGUCUUCCAUCUACUCUACAUGUUUAAAGAUGUCCUCAGGAAGGACAAAGAUGACCUCAAGAAGGAGAAGGAUGAAAUCAUGGAGGAGAAGGAUGUCCUCACUGAGAAGUUAGAUGAAAUCAUGGAGGAGAAGGCUGUGGUUGAGAAGGAUCUCACUAGUCAAUUGGAUGUCCUCAGGAAGGAGAAGGAUGACCUCAAGAAGGAGAAAGAUGACCUCACUGGGAAGCUAGAUAACCUCAGGAAGGAGAGGGAUGAAAUCAGGGAGGAGAAGGAGGUCCUCAGUAAGGAGAAGGCUGUGGUUGAGAAGGAUCUCACUAGUCAAUUGGAUGUCAUCAAGGAGGAGAUGGUGAACCUCUGGGCCCAGAAUCAUUACCUCACUAAGAAGUUAGAUGACCUCAGGAAGGACAAAGAUGAAAUCAGGGAGGACAAGGAGGUCCUCAGUAAGGAGAAGGCUGUGGUUGAGAAGGAUCUCACUAGUCAAUUGGAUGACCUCAAGGAGGAGAUGGUUAACCUCUGGGCCCAGAAUCAUGAAAUCAGGAAGGAGAAGGAUGACCUCAAGAAGGAGAAAGAUGACCUCACUGGGAAGCUAGAUAACCUCAGGAAGGAGAGGGUUAAGCUCUGGGAGGAGAAUAAUGAAAUCAGGGAGGAGAAGGCUAACCUCUCGGCCCAGACUAAUUACCUCAAGGAAGAGACGGUUCGCCUCAGGGGGGAGAAGGCUGUGGUUGAGAAGGAUCUCACUAGUCAAUUGGAUGGCAUCAAGAAGGAGAGGAUUGACCUCUGGGAGCAGAAUAAUUACCUCACUGAGAGACUAGGUGGUGUGACUCUAGACCCUGAUCUCCUUGGGAAGGGGAGACAUAAAACAGGAUCUCCCUGACAACAGAAAGAGGUUUACAAAAUGGUUCUGUGUACUGGGAAAUGUGGCCUUCUCAGGGAAAAUCAAACCAAAUUGUAUUUGUCACAUGCUCCGAAUACAAUAAUGCUUACUUACAAGCCUAAGGGCAACAAUGCAGUUGAAUAUGUAUUUUUUAAAUGUUAAUUAUUUAACCUUUGUUUAACUAGGCAAGUCAGUUCUAAUUUACAAUGACGGCCUAGGAACAGUGGGUUAACUGCCUUGUUCAGGGGUACAGGUUAGUCAAGGUAAUUUAUACAUGUAGGUAGCAGUAAAGUGACUAUAUAUAGUUAAUAAACAGUGAGUAGCAGCAGUGUAAAAUCAAUUGGAGGGGGGAGGGGAGCGAGGGGGGGUGUAAAUGUAAAUAGUCCGGGUGGCCAUUUGAUUAAUUGUUCAUCAGACUUAUGGCUUGGGGGUAGAAGCUGUUAAGGAGACUUUUGGUCUUAGAAUUGGCGCUCCGGUACUGCUUGCCAUGCGGUAGCAGAGAGAACAGUCCAUGACUUGAGUGACUGGAGUCUUCGACAAUAUUUGGGGCUUUCCUCUGACGCAGGAAGCUUGCCAUCCAGAUUCUAUUAUGAGGGGGGAAGACUGAGUGGACUUUUGGAGUGGUCAGAGAGUCCAUCAAGAGGGAUGGCAGUUUUAAAUAAAUAAAGGAUACUUGACUGUGGAGCUGAAGAAUGGAGAGUACACGUCUCAUGCUGGUCCCUCUGUCACCCUCUCCCUGAGAGAGAAGCCCCAGAACGUGGGGGUGUUUGUGGAUUAUGAGAAGUGUCAGGUUCCCUUCUACAAUGUGGAGGACAGGUCUCAUAUCUACUCUUUCACUGACUGCACCUUCACUAAGAAACUCUAUCCAUUCUUCAACCCUGGUGGUUCAUAAAGUGUUUCACUGGUCAUCUGUCCUGUGAAUGUCACUGGCUGACUGGCAGAUACAGUAUAAACAGCAAUAACUCCUAUUGAGAGAGUACAUGUACAUGAGUUCUUAGUUAUACAUUUUCUGUCAAUCUUUUUGUUGUUGUAGAGUGGAAGACUGUUUAUUGGAUAGGACAGAGAGGUAAAGAGUGAAUGUAGGAAUAUUUAAAGAGCAAUGGGUUGGAUCUGAACCCAUUCUGGUACUGGACAUCCCAGACCACUGAUUUCUUGUCAAUGUUUGACUUAUUUUUGAUGUGUCUUUCACCCAUCCCUUGGACUGUUCUGUCUUGAGGAGAAUGUGCUAAAUAUUUGUAUUGUCUGUGUUUUCUAACAGUAUUUCUUCUGUAUCCAUUCUGCUGUGUGCUUCUAUAUUUAGUUAAGAAUGUAGCAGCAACAUAAAAUAAAUGUUUUUAGAAAUGAAAAAUUUGACUAACAUUUUCUAAAUAAAGUGUGCUUAAAAUA